CUAAAUUCUAAAUUAUUAUUUCACAUAAUUUCACUAAUCGAAAAGUGAAAACCCUAGUUUUACUCUUUAGGCAAGAGUACCAUUUAAUUUCAAAGUCUUUUUGCAACAAAAUAAAUUUUAGUUUAUCCCAUUAACCAAACAACCUCUAACUUUUCAGUUGUUUGCUUGUCUGUCGUAAAUUUUUAAUUGUUUUCUUGUUUGCCAAGAACAAAGAAUUAAUUACUUUCCAGAACAAGAAAAAUACCCCAAUUUUGUACCACAUUAUAUAUAUGUAAAGAAAAGAAGACCACCUAUUUUUUUUUACCCUACAAGGUUUUCUCAAGAAAAUUUGGUUGAUGGCUACUAGAAAGCUGGUUCGAGAUUUUUUCAUUGCAAGACAGCCCCUUUUUCUUCGCCUCACGUCUCAACAGGGUUUGAGACUAAGAUUACUAUCCGGAAAUGGGUACUCCAGUAAUCGACGGUUCAGUGUUUUCAAUGAGUUCUCUAAGAAAAUUAAGAGCGAAGUUAACAGAAAUCCGGAAUUUCAACACUCGGUUGAGGAACUAAAGGGCAAAGCAGAAGAGCUGAAAUUUAGAAGGAAGCAGACAACUGAGCAGCUCUACAAACAGGUGGAUGGUGUGUGGACAGAGGCUGAAGCUACGGCUAAAAAGGUUUCUGCCAACAUGAAGGAGACAAUCUCAGCUGCCAAAGAGGAGGUUAAGGAAACUUUUGGGAUUGGAAAGGAAGAGUCUUCACAGUCAACCAGUACUUCAGCUCAGCAUGUUGCUGAUGUGAAGGAUGGAGGUAAGGCAUCAUCCGGGGAACAGAAAUAUGAGCAGUCUGGGUCUGGUGAAACUGCAGAAACUAUAUUUGGAAAAUUUAAGUCAGGCAUUUCUUCUCCGAAGGUUUCUUUGGCUUUCCAAAGGUUGAAGGAAGCAAAGGUUGUUGAUUUAGCAAAGAAGGGAUAUGACAUUGUUAAGGAUGAGUUAAGUGGUAAUCCAAGUAAGAGAAAGCACCUGGAGUAUGCUCCCCCUCCCUCAUCAACAGCUGAAAGAAGUACAAGAACUGAUAUUGUUGUUUUGCCAUCUAAGGAGUCCCGUUGGAGUAAAAAGUGGGAGGCAUUCAAAGGGAAGAUGCAAGGUCAUCCUUUAUUCAAGCAUGUUAGAGGGAUUAGUGAACCUGUUUUGACAAAGGGCCAAGAGAUUGCAGAGGAUAUGCGUGAAAGAUGGGAGACCAGUGAUAACCCCAUUGUUCACAAAAUUCAAGAUAUAAAUGAGAGUAUCUUUCAAGAAACAGAUGCUGCAGCAUCAUGCAAAGAAAUAUGUCGACGAGAUCCGUCAUUCUCAUUGCCAGAGUUUGUGGCGGAAGUUCAGGAAUCUAUCAGACCUGUCCUUAACGCAUAUGUAAAAGGAGACGUUGAAACUUUGCAGAAGUAUUGCAGUCCUGAAGUUAUUGACAGGUGCAAAGCUGAGCAUACUUUUUAUAGGAGCCAUGGCAUGUUUUUCAAUAACAAGAUUCUACAUGUAUCUGAUGCAGAAGUUAGAGAGACCAAAAUGAUGGGGAAUUCCCCAAUUAUCAUUUUGGCAUUUCAAACACAGCAGAUCCACUGCAUACGUGAUAGAGAGGGUAAGAUAACGGAAGGAGGGAAGGAUACAAUCCACACUGUGUAUUAUGCCUGGGCCAUGCAGCAAGUGGAUGUAGAAGAACUUGGAGAGGGUGCCCUCUACCCAAUAUGGAAGCUUAGAGAUAUGCAACAAAUGGGUGUAAAAGCCCUCAUCUAGUUCCUUAUAUGGUCGAUAUCCUCUUAUUAAUGGAUGUUGUAUGAUUUGACCCCUCCUGCUUUGAUAUAUUUUUUUCUGCUGAUCCUCUCUGGAUUUUGUUAGUUUCUCUGCCAGGGAGAAUUUUAGCUGAGCAAAUAAAGGAAUUUUUACCGAGCAUAUUCGUAAUCAUUUAUUUUUGGGA